GGAGAGCGAGGGAGGCUGUGGGCGGCGAGAUGUCUGUCAGCUGACUUGGCCGUACCUCUUGCCGAAGUCACAACACCGUGUCGGUUCUUCCUGACAGGUACAUGUAGCAGCUUCUCCACCGAGGCUCUGGCGUGGGAGACCGCGGCGGGUUAUGUUUCCCCGAGACGGGGGAGGGGAGGCGGAGGACCGCGCGCCACACUGCUCCGCCAUGGCGGCCGAAAUCCAGCCUCGUCCGCAGGCUCGGAAGCCGUGCCUGCUGAGCAAAAUCGAGGCUUUCCCGGAGGCUGUGACCGCGGCGGCGAUCAUCCCGAAAGAAGACGGGGUGAUCAGCGUUUCUGAGGACCGAACAAUCCGAGUUUGGCUGAAGAGGGACAGUGGUCAGUACUGGCCAAGUGUUUACCACAACAUGCCAUCCUCAUGUUCCUGUAUGUCCUUUAACCCAGAGACCAGAAGGUUAUCUGUAGGUAUGGAUACAGGAAGUAUCUGUGAGUUUGUUCUGUCAGAGGACUACAACAAAAUGACCCCGGCACUCACAUACCAGGCCCAUCAGGGCAGAGUGGCGGUGGUGCUCUUUGUGUUGGAGAUGGAGUGGCUGCUGAGCACCGGCCUGGACAGAAACUUCACCUGGCACUGCUCUGAGAGCGGCCAGCAGCUGGGGACGUAUCGCACCGCGGCCUGGGUCUCAGGACUGCAGUUUGAUGUGGAGACCAGGCACGCCUUUGUAGGGGACCAGUCUGGUCAGGUGACCAUCCUGAAGCUGGAGCAGGACAGCUGCAGCCUGGUUACCACCUUCAAAGGACACACAGGUAAUGUGACGGCGCUGUGUUGGGACCCGGCUCAGCGGGUGCUGUUUUCCGGCAGCUCUGACCACUCCAUCAUCAUGUGGGACAUCGGAGGGAGGAAAGGCACUGCCAUCGAACUGCAGGGACACAAUGACAAAGUCCAGGGCCUCUGCUAUGCCUCACACACCCGCCAGCUCAUCUCCUGCAGCUCAGAUGGCAGCAUCGUCAUCUGGAACAUGGACGUGACUCGGCAGGAGACUCCAGAGUGGCUGGACAGCGACUCCUGUCAGAAGUGUGAGCAGCCUUUCUUCUGGAACUUCAAACAGAUGUGGGACAGUAAGAAGAUCGGCCUGCGACAGCACCACUGCAGGAAGUGUGGCCAGGCCGUGUGCGGCAAAUGUUCCUCCAAGCGCUCCACCAUCCCCCUCAUGGGCUUCGAGUUUGAGGUGCGGGUGUGUGACAGCUGCCACGAGUCCAUCACCGACGAAGACCGAGCUCCCACUGCCACCUUCCACGACAGCAAGCACAACAUUGUUUACAUGCACUACGAGCCCACCACGGGAAACCUGCUCACCUCCGGCACCGACAAGGUCGUCAAGAUAUGGGACAUGACUCCUGUGGUGUCGUGAGUUUCCGUGGACAUGGGACAGCAUUUUGGCCGACUGACCAGUCGCACUUCGAUGAGAAAGAGGAAACAGCUUCUGUGUCAUCUGGAUAAUAUUUUAUCGCCAUUUAGGAACGAAGCCUGGGUUGCUGCGUUCUCUCACAGCGACGACACGGCCGGCCCGAGAGAAGCCUGAGAACGAUGCAACGUCUUGCUCAACACGAGGUCACAGACUGGUUGGUCUUUGAUUGAUAUCUGGAGUAAUCAUGCUUGUACUCUGGGAUGAUUUCUGGCAUUUGAUCUUGUAAGAAAUGUAAUAUCUUAUAAUUGUAGUCUGCUCUCAAAGAUUUUUCAACCUGCUUUUUUUUAUUUAAUUACUUUUCCCUUUAAAGGUAAUUGGUCAACAUUUCCUGUAACAUUUUUAAUGUUAUAUUUCAGACAGUUAACCUCCAACAACAUUCCAACAUUUCCAACAAAAUGUUUUGGUCUCUUCUGAACAGUGAUUGACUUUGAAUCCAUAAAUAUCAGCUGAUGCAGGUUUGGAAGUGAUAAAGGAAGUAGCAUUAGGGCGGCUUGUCCCUUUAAUCCAGCCUCUUUGAGUUAAUUUUGUGAAAUAAUCUGGUGAAAAUGGCUGUCGCAUGAACAUAUUCUGAGCAGAGAGCCAUCAUGUAAUCUCAAUUAACGUAGCAAUAGAUCUUCACUCCCUACAAAAUAAAAUUCCCUCAUCGUUCCUCAAGCAGGCAUUUUUUAAUGAAAGUAAAAUUAUGCUUUGUAUCACAGGCCAGAUGACAUCACUGCUCAAUGGCCUGAUGCAUUAUGGGAAGCUUUAGCUCUGCUUGAGUAAUUCUGUUAGAAAUAAAUAAAAAUGGAAGAAGUGCAGCCUAACUUCUUAAACCAUUGCAACAAAUUUGAUGUUAAAGUGCAGCUGCCAGAAUAAUGGUUUGUUUGUGUUGCAUGAGUGCAGCAUCGUCCAUUUCAGAAACACACGGGAAGCCUCACAGAAUCUGUUUGGUUCUGGAUUUAAAGCCAGUUUAAGCUCCAGUUGUUAGGCCUCCUGAUGUGCGUUUGGGACUCGGACCAUGCUGUGUAACAACAUCGUCUACGUCCUGUUAAGUGCUUGUCGGCAUUUUCUCGAGAUUAUUUAUUCUAAGUGUUUGUUUCAUAUAUGAAACAUGUACAGAAGCACAUAUCAACACAGCUAGACGCUGUGGCAUUUCAGAGAUGUACCAGAGUGUAAAAAUGUUGCUACAAAACGGUUAAAAUUGUUCUUGUUUUUUUUUUCAGCUUUGUAUGUUGGCUUUACUGUUGAUGCACUGGAAUCACAAGGCAGAAAAUCAUCGAUUUCUCCUAAAUUUUUUGCGUGCUUCUGUGAUGACCCCUCUAAUCCCUCUGAGCUUCUUCCAAAGAUUAUUGUUUAUGGAUCUGAAAACACGUUUGUGUGAUCUGUUAGUGAUAACAAUGUAGAGCAGUCGUCUUCUCGUGUUUUUAGUUCAUCUUCUCGACCACUUCCUGUGAACUAAUACACACCUGCAAGCUAAAUUAAACGAAGUGUGAUUGUUGAAGAUUCAAACUGGUGUAAAAUAUACAGAGUUAGCAGAACUGAUAUUCUAUUUCACGAACUUAACCACACAGGAGAAACCGAGUUAGAUUAAAACUUCUUCUAGGUUUUUGUUGCUUCUAAACUCCAGAGCAGACAAAGUUAAUUUAAGGCCAGUUCUUUGACAUUUUGUUGCAGGAAAGAGGGGGGGAAAAAAAGUUGAAUUUCAGAGUUUUUGUGAAUUUCACUGUGUAUAGACAGUCAAUUAAAACAAAAAGUAUUUACCCUGA